AUGCCAAAUGAUGUUAUAACCGAGCUUGCAAUUGAAGAUUUGAGGGGUCAAAAGCUCUUAAGAAUUAUACUGCUACUGCCAAAAUAUAUUCAAUUAGCAAAGAAGCCGUACGUCAGCAGCAUAGAUAUGUUUAAAUCUCAUAUAAUGAAACUGCCUUUGACACGAGUAGAAGCUCAUGAACUCACAGAAGAGCUUGCAGGUCAUGACUUUGCUUCUCCUUCUCAGAUUACUCAAAAUCUCAUAAAGAGAUCACUAAAGAAUCUGUAA